CAAAUAUAUUGGUUAUUAGAUAUAGUGGACAAAGUUUUUCACAAAGAGACCUUCAUUAAAUUGGCGCCUAUUCAGUAAGCAAGGUCGAAAAUAACUUGAAGUAUUGUGAACAUAUGACUCUAGAUGAACGCUUCCAAAAGCUUGGAACCCUUCUCAAAGGUUUCAAAAUCACUGAUUCAUCAUUGUUGUCUUAUGGUACUGCCGGGUUUCGUCUUCCCGCUGAUAAAUUAGGCGGUGUAGCGAUUCGAUUAGGAAUAUUGGCAUGCAUCAGAUCAUUAAACUUGCAAUGUAGGGCAGUGGGUAUAAUGAUAACUGCUUCUCACAACCCACCAUGCGACAACGGAAUGAAGCUAGUUGAUCCUCAUGGAGGUAUGUUGGAUGCUGAAUGGGAACCAGUUGUAGUCAGUUUUAUGAGUUCUAGCGAUGAAUCUGUCUCUAAAUGGCUGUCGGAACAUUGCUGCAAUUUCCAAGAUGAUCAACUACCCCAUGUUGUUUUGGGCUUCGACACUCGUGAAAGUUCUCCAGCUUUAGCAAAUGAAGUUAAUCAAGGUGUUAGUGUUAUGCAUGGCAUCUGCCAUGAACUUGGACUGGUGACCACUCCGCAACUUCACUAUUUUGUUCAAUAUAUUAAUUCAAUUGGUAGCCCAUGUUCCAACCAACUUGUUGAUCUAGAAACUAUUUACGUUCAUCAUUUUGCUGAACGUUUCACCACCGCGUUAGAAAAUUUACAAAGUUGUACUGAAUCAAUACAUUUAAAUAUAGAUUGUGCACAUGGUGUUGGUUCUAAAGUUUUAGAACGUUUUCGUGCAUAUUUUUCAUCUGUCAAAGGUCCACGUAGAUUAAUAUUACACUUAUAUAAUACAGAGACAGAGAACAAAGAGUUACUUAAUCAAAAUUGUGGAGCUGAUUUUGUUAAAAUAACACUAAAUGCACCAAAGUUAACCCCACCGAAUGAACAGUCUAUCAUGUAUCCAGAUCGAUGGGCAACAAUCGAUGGAGAUGCUGAUAGAUUAAUCUAUUUUCGACCAAUUUUUACACAUUGUUCAUCAUCUUCAGAUAAUAGGUUAAAUAAUGACAUGAAAGAAUUACAUCUAACUGGGGCUGUAGCUCAACAAGUUGAACUUCUGGAUGGUGAUCGUAUAUCAUGUCUUUUUGCUCAUUUUCUUGUUAAAGUUCUCAAGUCAGUAUCUUCCGAUCGUAAUUUAACUAUCGGAGUCAUACAGACAGCUUAUGCAAAUUCUGCGUCUACACGUUAUUUAACUGAACAUCUUCAUGUAUCAGUAGUUUGUGUUCCAACUGGAGUAAAACAUUUGCAUCAUGCAGCGCAAAGUUUUGAUUUUGGGAUUUAUUUUGAGGCUAAUGGACAUGGAACUGUAUUAUUUUCCAAACAUAUUUUAAAUUUUGCAAAAAAUCUAAAUGUGAACAAUCCACUUCGUACAUUUAUUGAUUUAACUAAUACUUCAAUUGGUGAUGCUAUAACUGAUAUUCUCUUGGUGGAAUAUACAUUAGCUUGGUUAAAUUGGUCAUUUAUUAAUUGGUUUUCAAUGUAUGAUGAUUUGCCAUCGAAACAAUUAAAAGUUACUGUAGCUAAACGUGAUCUUAUACAGGUUACAUGGGAUGAAAGACGUGUAACAAGUCCAAUUGAACUACAAAUUGCUAUCGAUGAAGCUGUUCAACAAGCUGAUAAAUUAAUUAAUAAAAUUGGUACAUCACGUGCAUUUGUUCGUCCUUCAGGCACAGAAGACACUGUACGUAUUUAUGCUGAAUCGUAUACACAUGAAGCAACUGAUUGGUUAUCCGCAACAAUCGCUUUAAUAACUUAUAGAUUAGCCGGUGGAAUAGGUCCUCAGCCUACACCUCCUAAACCUCUUCAUUCCAUUUGUAAUUGAUUCAUCAACUAUUUCUAAUCGUAAUUACUGUGAAUCAAUGUGCUGAUCGGUACUCUUUCUUUCCUCCUUUUGUUCUGUCUUGAUUUAUUUAAUCAUAUUUAGUUAUUUUGAUGUAUUUUGUUAUUAUUUGUGAUCUUGUGAAAUUAUAACUUUCGUCUCUUUACUGUUUUUUUCCUAUGUUCUCCUCUCCAUUAUAUCUGAUGGUAAUUAUUAAGUAGUUAAUUUAUAUAAUGUUAUGUCAUGAAAUAAUGUGUAUUACAAUGUGAUAUAGUAUAUUUACAAUAAAUUAAUUUCAUACAGAACAAAUGUUAUUAAUAAUAAUGUCUUAUUUUUAAUUUUGUUUUAGAAAGAGAAGACUAUGUGUUAGAUGGUUGGAGGUAGUCG